AUGCCGUACUUGGAUCGACAGAACCGUAUCUGCGGGUUCCUGGACAUUGAAGAAAAUGAGACCUGUGGCAAGUUUCUGCGGAGGUAUUUCAUCCUGGACACCCAGGCCAACUGCCUCCUGUGGUACAUGGACAACCCUCAGAACCUGGCCAUCGGUGCGGGUGCUGUCGGAUCGCUGCAGCUGACCUAUAUCUCCAAGGUUAGCAUCGCCACGCCGAAACAGAAGCCGAAAACUCCGUUCUGCUUUGUUAUCAAUGCUUUAUCUCAGCGCUAUUUCUUACAAGCCAGUGAUCAGAAGGACCUGCAGGACUGGGUGGAGGCACUGAACCGGGCCAGUAAGAUCACGGUGCCAAAGGGCGGCAGCGUCCCACCGGCCACGGAGAUCGCGAAGCCUCCGGUGGUGCCCCAGGCCCAGGAGAGGAAGCCUCAGGUUGCCUACAAAACCGAGAUCAUCGGGGGGGUGGUGGUCCACACGCCCAUCAGCCAGAACGGCGGGGACGGAGGGGAGGGCAGCGACGUGGCCGCCCACCCGCUGCUGCGGCGCUCGCAGAGCUACAUCCCCACCUCGACCGCCAAGCCGCCCGCCGGGCCCCCCAUCCUCAAGAGCGGCUACUGCGUGAAGCAGGGGAACGUGAGGAAGAGCUGGAAGCGCCGGUUCUUCGUUCUGGAUGAAUUUUCCAUCAGUUACUACAAGUGUGAGCAGGACAAGGAGCCCUUGCGCUCGAUUCUCCUGAAGGACGUCUGCAAGACCCACGAGUGCCUGGUCAAGUCUGGUGACCUCCUGAUGCGGGACAACCUCUUUGAAAUCAUAACGAGCUCCAGAACCUUCUACAUCCAGGCAGACAGCCCUGAGGACAUGCACAGCUGGAUCCAAGUAAUCACAGGGGCAGUCCAGGCCCUGAAAACCCGCCCGAGGGAAAUCUCCUUCAUGAGAUCCACCUCCAUGGUGAAGCCCGGGGGCUCCGCAGCCCCCUCCCAUCACAGGCAGGCAGCGGAGGAGAGGAGAGCGCUGUGCAAAGCCCCCUCCACCUCCUCCUGGCAGCCCUGGACCCCGGUGCCGCAGGCGGAGGGGAAGCAGCCGGCGCCGGAGGAGUCGCCCGUGCUGCUGAGAGACUCGGUGUUCAUGCCGGCCUUCACGGAGCGCGACGCCGGAGCCGCGCUGGGCAAGCGCGUGCGGCACAAGUCAGAGCCGCAGCAUCUCAAGGAGAAGCCAUUCGUCUUCGACCUGGACGAUGAAAGCAUCCGGACCUCCGAUGUCUGA